CAAAACUUUCCUGAAGGAUUAGCGGUGGCCUUGCCUCUUCAAGCCGCCGGGAUUAGCACGCUGAAGAGCUUCUGGUAUGGCCAGCUCUCGGGGAUGGUGGAGCCUAUUGCCGGUGUCCUCGGCGCAGCCGGAGUGACGCUCGCUGCACCUGCGCUACCUUAUGCACUUGCUUUCGCGGCCGGUGCGAUGAUCUACGUUGUGAUCGACGACAUUAUCCCGGAAGCGCAUCAAAGCGGAAACGGCAAACUCGCCAGCUGGGCCGCCAUCGUCGGUUUCUUGGUGAUGAUGUCCUUAGACGUUGGCCUAGGUUAAGGACAUCGUCUCCAAAGUAGUCACGGCGCGUCCACAUUCUUGUAAAUGUGCAUUCAAAUCAUGUGGUAAUGGUAACAAGUGUUCACAAUUUAUAACGACGUCUUCUUAAUUCGCAGCAUUCACCGAAUAGUAGUGCGUUUUCUCGCAAAAAGGUCAAAAAUUGAGUGAUGCUAGCGAAUAUUUUCCAGUGUUUUUGUCCGCCGUUGCGUACGACACUUUUUAUCCUUAAAGACUCAGGAGAAUCGAAAUAAGAAAUGUUUCCAAUUAGGUUCGAGAUGUUCUAUCGUGAUUCCUGAUAGUCAU